UAUAUAUACAGCAGCUGUGUUGACUGUUAAAUUGCUGUACUUAUCAUAUUAUACUUAACACUGAUGAUUCCAAGAGGAUUUCCUCGCAAACUUCACUCGACACUUCGAUAUUUGUAGCAGUUGCUCAUGACUCCCUGACGGGAAAAUAGUUUUUCUCGCUUUCUACACCUGUUCUACACAUCUUGUCAGCUCCAGGAAUUGACCAUCUGUGCAGGAUCCUGCAAAGAGAGUAGAGGACCUUCGAGAGUAACAUACUUGUAGUUAAAGACACAAUAAAAUGAUUUUCAAUUCGUGUCCCUUGUUUCUCCUCUUUUUGAUCAUUGCUUGCUGUUUCUGCGAUGAUAGUCCUGACCAGGAAACUGACGAUGCGCUGGGCAAAGUUGUCUUUGCCAACAUCAUGUUCAGACAUGGUGACAGAACUCCAGUCGUAUCCUAUCCCAACGAUCCCUAUCGAAAUGAAAACUUGUGGCCUGUGCCCUUUGGCCAGUUAACUAAUUUAGGAAAACAUCAGCAGUUGCAGUUAGGCAUGUGGCUAAGACAACGCUAUAAUCACUUGAUCCCCAAGAUUUAUUCUGUAUACGAUAUCUAUGUAAGGAGCACAGAUGUAGAUAGAACUUUGAUGUCAGCUGAAUCUAAUUUAGCUGGUCUUUACCCACCUUUUGGCAAUCAAGAGUGGGAUAUCAAGAGAUGGAUGCCAAUACCGGUACAUACCACUCCAGUAGAAGAGGAUAUGUUAUCUGGAAAUAAGUAUUGCGAACGGUACAACUAUGAACUGGAAAAUGUAAACAAGUCUCCAGAAAUGGUUGAAAUAAAUAAAAAAAAUGAAGAGUUGUACAAAUAUCUCAGUAAAAUGUCCGGUAGUAGUAUAAAUUCAUUGGAAACCCUUCUGUUUCUAUACAACACUUUAUUCAUUGAAGAAAUUUACAAUAAAACUUUACCAAAAUGGACCGCUUCAGUAUAUCCAGAUAAAAUGGAACCAUUAGCAGUUAAAUCCUUUGAAAUCGAAACUUAUAAUCAAAUUCUCAAAAGACUCAAGUCAGGUCCGCUGUUGAAAGAGAUGAUUAAAAACAUGGUGUUGAAGUCGAAAAAUGCCUUGACCCCUGACAGAAAAUUAUGGAUAUUCAGUGCUCAUGAUGAGACCGUAGCAAAUAUGUUAAACACGCUUGGUGUAUUUGAACCUCAUUGUCCUCCAUAUGCUGCAACAAUACUUAUAGAAUUGCGAGUUGAUGCUCGAAUGGAAUACUUUGUUACGGUUUCUUACAAAAAUUCAACCAAAGAUGCUAAAGUAAUGACUCUUCCUGGAUGUAUUCCUGCUUGUCCACUACAUCAAUUUAUUAAAUUAACAAGAGAUGUCGUGCCUACAAACUGGGAGAGGGAAUGUUUGAUGGGCUUCAAAGAAUAUCAAUUCAAUGUUGACAAAGACGCACUUAUUGUAAUGUUGAGCAUUUCAGUUCUCACGUUGGUUCUGUUAUCGUUUAUAACCAUUUUAUUCGUUUUAUGGACUCGAAAAAAAGACGCUCAGUAUUAUUCGCGUUUAGAUUCGGAUGGAACUUAGAUGUAUACUGUUUAAGACUUUUCUUUUUACUACUAGUUUUACUUUACACUUUUUACUAAAAAAAAAAGCCACUGUAUUUAAUUCAAGUUAAUUUAAAAAAUUUAAAGAUACGCAUUUGUAACUUUCUGUGUUUGAGAAUCGUCUCAUUGUUCUUCAGAAUAAUGCUAUUCAGAAGUUGACUGAUAUCAAAAGCUUUUGCUACAAACAUACAAUAUACACAAAUUGCAGAAUUUCAUGUGAUAUAAUGAAAAAAAGGUUGGUACAUUUGUUAAAUAUACAACUCCUAUACAUUUUUUAUUUAUUGUGUAACUUUCAAUGUAAAUAACUAGACAGGAAAAUUGUGCCAUUGUAAUUUGUAGACAAAAAUAAGUAUUUUAUUAUUUUUUGCGCUAUUUUAACAAGUGAAGCAAUCGUUUUUUAAACUAAAUCGAUUUUUUAAAUUUAAAUGAAAUUUAAUUUUUUUAGUUAAGCCGAUCUUAUAAGUCCGAUUUAUGACGUGAUUAAAUAUUAUUUAUGUUAUGUUUAGAGUUUUGUGAUGAAGCGUAAUAGUUUACAGAGUAACAAAAUUAGUUCGAAAUAUAAACGUUACUUUGUACUUAUUGUUUUAGGGUAUAAACGCCUGUCUAGUCUUUAUAAUAAUAAGUUGAAUGUUUUGUUCGAACAAGUGUUAAAUUUGUAUCUUAGUUACUGGAAUGUAUACUGGCCAUGGUUUACGGAUGGAUUUUUAAUUGAGCCUUAUCGAAACACUUUUCUGUUUCGAUUGUGAUAAACAUUUAAUGAAAAGUAGAAAAAAUAGUUUGGUUUUUUUUUGGUUUUAAUAGACUAGCCGAAAAUUAAUUUUAAUACAUAUUUACUACAAC